UGGAAUCCUUUACUGAGGAUUCCAGGAAGAUAUCACAUUUUGUUGCACGACAUGCAUCAGCAGCUUUGUAACUAAAAUCAAAGGUAUAGAGGUAUAAAGACCUACAGUUCGGUGAAAUUUCAUUUACACUUUGAAGCUUUUGAGUAGCUCAGAGAUCCAGCAGAGUCUGGAGAUAGUUUCAAGGGCAUAUUCAAAGACUGCGAUCGGAUCCCGGCACAAUAUGACAGGCCAGGAGGUAACGCGACUUUAUCUUUACCUGGGAAACAAGCUGUGGGGCGGGAGAUUUGCUGGAAGCACUGACCCGAUCAUGGAGAAGUUCAACGCCUCCAUCAGUUACGACCAGCGCAUGUGGGACGCAGAUAUCCGAGGAAGCAAGGGGUACGUGAAGGCACUGCAGAAAGCCGGGUUGGUCAGCCAAGAGGAGAUGGAGAAGAUAGUGCAGGGCUUGGACAAGAUUUCUGGCGAGUGGGCAGCAGGAACCUUCGCGAUCCAGCCCUUUGACGAGGACAUUCACACAGCCAAUGAGAGACGGCUAAAGGAGCUGAUAGGAGACGCGGCUGGGAAGCUCCACACUGGCCGGAGUAGGAAUGAUCAGGUGGUGACUGACAUGAGGAUAUGGCUGCGUGAUGCAAUCUCAACUCUGAAGGGUGACAUAAUGCAGCUCAUUAGCACCAUGGUGGAGCGGGCUGCAGCAGAGAUCAACAUCCUGUUUCCUGGUUAUACCCACAUGCAGAGGGCCCAACCAAUCAGGUGGAGCCACUGGAUUCUCAGCCAUGCAGUUGCCCUCAGCAGAGACACGGAUCACCUGGUGGAGAUUCGAAGACGGGUGAACGUCUUACCCUUAGGAAGUGGUGCCAUUGCUGGCAACCCAUUUAACAUUGACCGGGAGCUCCUUCGUAAAGAGCUGUCCUUUGAUGACGUCAGUAUAAACAGCAUGGAUGCUAUUGGACAGAGAGAUUUUGUGGCUGAAUUUCUGUUCUGGGCCUCUCUGUGUCUGACACACUUGAGCAAGAUGUCCGAGGAUCUCAUUUUGUACACCACAAAGGAAUUUUCCUUCGUCAGCCUCUCUGAUGCCUACAGCACCGGCAGCAGCCUAAUGCCCCAGAAGAAGAACGCAGACAGCCUGGAACUGAUACGCAGCAAAUCGGGACGAGUGUUUGGUCGGUGUGCUGGAUUUCUGAUGACCCUGAAAGGACUCCCCAGCACGUAUAACAAAGACCUGCAGGAGGAUAAAGAAGCGAUGUUUGACUGCUAUGACACGCUGCAUGACGUCUUCCAGGUGGCCAUGGGGGUCAUUUCCACACUGACAAUUAAUCCCACAGUAAUGGAGGCAGCUUUGAGUCCUGAUAUGCUGGCUACUGACCUGGCCUAUUACCUUGUCAGAAAAGGGGUGCCAUUCAGAGAUGCCCAUGGCUGCUCUGGGAAAGCAAUUUCCCUGGCUGAGUCCAAGAAUAUUCCCGUUAACCAGCUGACUCUGGAAGACCUCCGUACAGUCAGCCCUCUGUUUGACAACGACGUAUCUGUGGUGUGGGACUACACCAGCAGUGUGGAACAGUACAGCGCCCCCGGAGGCACUGCCCGGAGCAGCGUUUCUGCCCAGAUUCAGCAUCUUCGCGACUGGAUGAAAGCAAGCGGGAACUAAGCUAUCCACUCCCAUGCCCUCCCAAAACCAUUUCAUUGUGUGCCCCGAGGGGGGAUGACAAACAAGCAUAUCCUCCUGAGACCCAAGGGAAAAAGUGUCCUUCAAUUAUAGGUUAUUUGUCUUUGGAGGAAAUAACACAUCUUACAAUUUAGAUUUUUUUCAAAUUUAUUUUUAUUUUUAAUUUCACAGCAUG